UUCAGAUUUUCAAUGAGAUAAAAAUGAUGAAUAUGAUGGAAGACUCCCAGCAUGAAGUAGGACUAGGAGGAGUUAAAUCUGAACCUAUCGAGGUUGAUCAUCAAGUGGAGGAUACGGUUGGAGUUAGCACAGAGACUAUCAAGAUAAUAGCAGAUACACUUGGUAUGCCUGGCCUGCCUGAGGAUGCAUGCCGGGAGUUGAGUGAAGAGGUGACCUACAGGCUACGAAUGCUGACGCAGAACGCGCAGAAGUUUAUGAACCACGGACGCAGAACCAAAAUGUUUUGUGAUGAUAUUGAUCAUGCACUUAAACUUCAAGGACAAGAACCUCUUUAUGGAUUUCAGGCGCAAGAGCACAUACCUUUCCGGUUUUCCAGCGGGGGAGGUCGUGACCUCCAUUUUCUGGAGGACAAGGAGAUCGACCUCAACGAGCUUGUAAACAACCAACUUCCUAAAAUUCCAAUGGCGCCUAGUCUCCGAGCUCAUUGGUUAGCCAUUGAUGGAAUCCAACCUGCGAUCCCAGAAAAUCCUCCACCACAGAGUAAAGAUCAGCUGAUCACGGACUCCGUCGAUCCUGCCGCCAAACUCAAGAGCGGAGACGCCAAGGAUAAUAAACUAGGAGCUGUCCUAGGGCAGGCUAAGAUGAAGACUGUAGAGACGGUGAACGUGAAGCAGUUGGCCAGCCAUGAACUCAGUGUAGAACAACAGCUUUACUUCAAGGAGAUUACCGAGGCCUGUGUUGGAUCUGACGAACCCCGACGCGCCGAGGCGUUACAGUCUCUUGCCUGUGAUCCUGGUUUACAUCAGAUGCUACCAAGAUUAGCUACGUUUAUCGCUGAGGGUGUUCGAGUGAACGUUGUACAGCAUAACCUCGCUAUCCUGAUCUACCUUAUGCGUAUGGUGAAAUCAUUACUAGAGAACCAAACAUUGUACCUGGAGAAGUACCUUCAUGAACUGAUACCUGCUGUAGCAACCUGUAUAGUUUCUAGACAGCUCUGUUCUAGACCAGACCAUGAUAAUCAUUGGGCGCUCAGAGAUUUCGCGAGCAGAAUGAUGGCAGCCAUUUGCAAAAAUUUUCAUACUUCAACGAACAAUAUUCAAACUAGGGUUACCAAGAUGUUUAGUGACGCGCUCAAAUCUGAGCGCGCACCCCUUGUAUCCUACUACGGAGCUAUUGCUGGUCUUCAGGAGUUGGGACCCGACGUGAUCAAGGUCUUCAUCCUCCCUUACAUCAGCAUCCUCGCAGCUAAAAUCGACGCUGCCCUGGACUCCAACAACAGCAACCUUGCCACCUCCAGUGUAGAGAAGAUCGCUGCUCAGAAUAUUAGAACUCUAUUGGUGAAGUCCGUAAGUCCAGUGUUAAAAAGUUUACGUGACCCCCCGGACUAUAUUGAGGACUACAGGCUCGAGUUCGGGUCCCUGGGACAACCUCUGCAUACAGGGGUAGAACGAGCUCGAAAACAAUCUGGGAAUAAAUCUAGCGGAUUGGCCAGUACACCUGCCCGCCUACCUAGCCUAACCACGCCCACUGCCCGCCCACCUCAACCCUCAAAUGCAAGCCAACAAAAGGUGUUUAUUGUAAACCAACAGCAACAGCAAGGACAGCCAAGUCAACAACUACAACAAGUUCAGCAACUUCAAGUUCAACAGCUACAAGGAAUUCAGUCCCCUCAGGUUAGAACGGUUGUACUCCAGGACGGAAACCAGACUCCGCAUAGACCUAACCCAACCCAGCAGAUCGGAGUCAGAUCCGUCUUCCAACAAAACCCAUUCCCUUGAAGUACUUGAGUUAAACCUGGAGUACUAAGGUUUAAUUGUACAUAUACUUGUACAUAGAUUAUAAUAUUAUAGUGUAGAUCUAAGAAGAGGAAUUCAAGUUUGUCUACAUUUUAUUGUGAGGUAUUAGGACAGCUCAGGAAUUGGUGUUUGUAAAAACAAUAAAAAAAUAUAGUAAAUAAUGCUUCGUUUUAUAUACUGAAACUGAGCAAUUGUUGAUUACAAAAUGUUGUUUACAUUAAACUAGUUUUAAAGCUGUCUUAAUACGUCAAAGUUGAAAAGUGACAAACCUUAUCCCCCUUUCCUUAGUUCUAAACCUCCUUGGAUUUAAUUAAUUGUACGAUACAUUGUAACUUGGUAUAGUAAAUAAUGCAUAAAAUAUCAAGGCCUUAUUCUCAAUAUUGACAGGGGUGUAUAUUUUCCUAAAAAAUCAUUUCCCCUAAUUUUUAAAGCACCACACAAAUCCAUUCGAUACACAUAGGAGCCUUCUGAAAUGAUGCAGUAUUUUUAAUAUUAUAUAUAAUACAUGUUUUAUGUUAACAUUAUUAUUUAUUUGUGUUAUUUCGUAAUAAUGAUCGUAGCUGAAAAUAUUUAAUAAUUCUGAUUUGUUUUUGUGUUA